GAGAGAGGGUGGUGCGUGUGCUCACGCGCGUGCAUGCCGGUAUAAGUCGAAAAUCAUACUAGGAGAAGUUUCUCUGAGCAGGCGAUAUAAGCAGGGCGAAGUAACUCGAUCGCCUGCUGAUCGGUCGCCACAGUUAGCCACGGCUUGGGCUCAAGGAGACCUCCGAGCAGGCGUCGUCAAUGGCAACUAUUACCUGGCGCUAGUCUGGCUUCUGUGUGCCCCGCUCCAUGGCGAUCUCAGGGAAAGGUACUGGGGGCUCGCACCGCUACCACACUAGCGCAGGCCUCGCUGGCAAGGCUGGACACGCUGCCUGCUCCAUCUGACAAGUGCGACGGCCAAAAGCUUACCUGAGCAGGUGCAAAGAAACACACGUGCCGUUAUUCUGAGGGCAUCGCGACAAGUGUUUGGUUAAGCCCCACGCAGGCUUUCCCCCCAGAGAGGACGGAUAUUUAAAAGCUUCACCGACGUUUAGUUUCUUUAAUUGAAAGGUUUUAUGCUCGCAGCUUAAGGCAGCACGCCAGCAACUUGACGUCCGCGGGAUCAGCAUACCCAGGGUAGUUGUGUGACUCGUGGCUCCACCACCACCCCCGGCCUGUUGUCUUGCCACCUGUGAGCCACGCACCACCUUGUGUUUGCCUAACAACCUGACAUCGUCCUGAAUGCAGCGCACGUGAAGACUUCAGAUGUCUUGGACGCAAGGUGGACAUUAGCCAAGAGUGGGAACCAGCAGCUCCGCAAAAAAAAAAAAAAAAAAAUUUCACUCCGCUUCUAAGACACUUUCUCCAUUGGAUACAAAUCAUUUCGCUCGCUGAUACUUUGUCUCUCUGAGAAAGGUACAGGCUCGCGGACAGGCACAAUGUCGCAGGUGGGUGUGUCGCGGCCAGUGAGCCACCAGCUGAAGCUGGGAGUUGCCUUGCCGGAAAUCAAGCAUCCUCUUUCACGUAUGUCCAAUCCCGAGAAUAUGGACGUCAGGGGCGUGUCGCGGUCAGGAGACCGACCUGCUUCUAAUCCACCAGCACCCAGUGGACGGCCCCUGGCCAAUGAGGUCGGCAGUCCGCUGCGAAAGAGCGUGAGCGCGACAGGGAGGGAGAGUCGUCUCAGGAGAGAUGGAGUUGCUACAGCGGCCAGCGUUGUCAUCGACAACAUCCCUGAAGGAGUAGAGGUCAAGUAUGGAGAUCCGGGGACGACCAGACUUCCUGUCUUCGGAAGUCGGGCUGGCAUCACGGACAGGGACAACCAGCAGGUGGCCAGUAGAGCCUCCUCACGUCUUUCUCGGGCAUCCACACAGGCUCGCCUCGAGAUUGAUGAGCUGGAGGCUUUGCUGAAAGAAAAGCUGAAGAGCAGCUACUACGAGGUCCGUAAGCGCUUCAAAGACAACGAUCCGAGCCGCGGUAAUGUCAGCAGGGAGGCGUUCGUGCGAAUCCUGGUCACCAUCCUGGGCCGUCAGAUCUCGCAGACCCAGAGCGUCAAGCUGAUGGAGCGGCUGGGCUUCCACGAGCGCGCUGUCAUCUCCUUCACCGACUUCUUCGCCUACUUCCGCGAGGCGCCGGAGUCCAGCUACCCGAGGUGGAUGGAUCCCGUGCAACGCCACAACCAGGACCGAAUCCUCAUGACGUCGGGCCAAGUUCACGCCAUCUUGCGGGAGAAGGCCAGGCAGAGAUUCCUGGACUUGGCAGACAUGUUCCCGCAGAUGAACCCCGGAGGGUCAGGACGCAUAAUGAAGUCUGAAUUCCACCAAAUGCUGCAGCGCUCCAGAUUCUACAUGGACGAUGCAGAAUUUGAGAGGCUGUGGGCAAGAUACGACCCGGCCAACGAAGGCAUCAUUGACGGCAAGAAGUUCCUGUGCCUGGGAAUAGAAUGGCGCAGCGCCGGCAAAACGAGAAGCUCUCCCGUAGCUCAGCCCGAAGCCACCACCGGUAUUGUGGUAGAGAAAGUUCGAGAAAGUCAUUUCUUCUGGUAACAUAAGAUUGUGCGCUCUGAGUUUGGGCCAAUCGCAUCCCUGUUUGCAGAAGGGACGGAGCGCGUGCAUCGGACUCCACGACGAAAAGAAAUAGAGCGCAAACAGCAGCUGGACGUGGAACGAUGGCUUAAAGACAAGUUCCGAGAGGGUUUCUACAGCAUGCGCAAGAAGUUCGAGGAGAAAGACACAGAAAAGAACGGCAUAGUGAACUUCGACGAUUUCCUGGAGGUCCUACGAGAGUUCGGACUCAGUCUGGAGAAACCUUUGCUGUGGGCGUUUCUCUCUCGCUGCUCAGUGAAGGCCAUGGGCAAGGGGGUGCCUUAUCGCGAGUUUCUUCAUCGCUUUCAGGACCGCAGCGAGGCAGGAAUGGUUCACAACGUUCUCACUGAUGUCAAACAUCGGUUCAACAACCGUCCAGGCAGCCCCGGGGCCGGGUCAACGAUCAGUGCAGUUGAGGCCCAGAUGGUCAACAUGUUCCAGCGAGACUUCCUGGCCCUGCUUGCAAUGUUCAAUAAGAUCGACCGCCUCGGGACGGACACAAUUAGUCAGGAGGAAUUCCGCGCCGCCAUGGAGAGCCGUUUCAACCUGGAACUGACAAACGAGCAGUUUGAGGCUUUCCUCGAUCGCGUGCCUCUAGACGACGAGGGCAACGUUCAGUAUGCUCGCUUCAUGCAGCAGUUCGACACCAGAGGACAAGCACCCAGUCUGUUCGCCGCCAGACCCGAUCGUGCUGAAGUCGAGAAUGGGGUACCUGCUAAGGACAGUGUGCAGGCAAAAGAAAACAAGCCAGAAGAUAAAACCAUUACCGCUGCUGCGGACGAGCAAGAUGCAGUAGUCCUUUCCAGUUUCCAAGUUCCGGAUGCACAGGACGAAACUUCGCAACGUCACCGCUCGACCCAGGAGCUCUUCAAGCUGAUUAAGGAUUUGCUGAACAAACGUUUUCAAGACGUGGAGCGGACUUUCUAUGACCUUGAUGAAUUUAACACUCGCCGCCUGACCCAGGAGAUGAUGUACCAACUGUUGAGAAAGUUCGACAUCAAGCCGGAAAUCUCUCGUGGUGAGAUCCGGGACUUGUGGCGCACCUUUAUCACCAACACUGAUCGCACCCUGGAGUACCUGCAGUUUAUCCGCCACUUCGGUUUCUCUCUGCGCUCCGCAACUUUCCCCAACGCCAAGAUCAACCCCCCGCGGCGCGGCGACGCCGACUUUAUGAUGCGGUCACGCAAACUGAACUGCGACAGCGACAUGCUGCACGACAGUCUUCGUGCUAAGAUCGACUUUCUGUGGGACGAGCUCCGCAGAGAGUUCCAGGCCAUGGACCCGUACCACACGGGCUGCGUUUCCCGGGAGGAAUUCCGCGAUGUGCUUAUUGAACUGUGCGUCAACCUCAGUGACACGGAACUCGAGUCCCUGAUCACGAAGUUCGACACAGGUAGAGAUGACAGAGUUUCCUAUGUGGAGUUUCUGCGGCCGUUCGCUCUACGGAGACAAACAUGGCGACACGGCAACAACAUGCUGGCGCUGCUGCAACACCCGCUGCCGGAACUCCCCUUCGCAGACAUCGUGGACCCCCCGCAGAAAGGUCUCAAUGGUAUCACAGCCAAACUACGACAAAAGCUUUCGGGAGACUGGAAAAAUAUCCGACGAGCUUUCCGGAAACUGGAUGUCAACGGAAAUGGAUACCUGUCACUUCAAGAAUUCCGAGCGGUGCUACGACUGGCCAAUGUUGAGCUAGAUGAGGACGAGGUGUACCAUGUGAUGACAGAGUUUGACAAAGACCUUUCGGGAAAAAUCUUUUACGAGAAAUUCAUCGACGAAACGCUGAAGCCGGAGAGUCGGAGGAGUGCCAAGAAACCUGCAUAAAGUCAGCACUGCAAAGUGAGUGGUACACCGGUACAACCUGGACUGACGUUCUGUUGCUGACAUCUGUGCGCAGUAUUAAUUUUGUGUUUUGCCCUCUAGAUGGUUGAUUUUGAGAGCUUUUACCUCGAAGAAAAUUUGCAAACAGUUGCAUUAUUCAGACACAUCAGUGUCAAUAUUCUCUCUCAACAUUGCAACAAAGCUGCUGAGUACUACUUACUAUCUUUGAUUACAGGCCGAUGGGGGCUAGAGGGUGGAGGUGGGGAAGCAUCUUUCAUGUGUUAUGUGUGCAGGCCUGGACUUCUAUGGCUAGUACUCCAAGCUUGCGCUCCGCUUCUAAUCUCUGUUCGUGUACUUACGUGUACAGUUGGAGGGAAGUUUAAUUAUUGUACAGAAGAACUGUUUAAUGAAUACAAUCUGUACAGCUGCUAGAGCCCACUUUUCCACUAGUUUUAAAAUAAUCCCUUUCAUUAUAACAGUAUUACCUACAAAAUCAAAAUACAGAAAAUAUUUUUUAAAUCCUUCAUCGGUGAAAUCUUGCAAUUUCAAUGAAACAGAAUGUUUAGCAUUGGUUCCUCACAUCGUUGAAUGUUUCACGUUUUUUUUAAUGUAUUGCUUCAUAACAUUGAUUUCAUUUGAAGGAAGCAAAAAUAGACUGGAUUUUUAAAAGGCGACUUAACAAGAAAGGGGGUUUAAUUCAUAAGUCAUCUCAUCAUCUCAAAUCUUACCCUUUCCAGUCACAGUUAUAUUUAAUAUCACGAUUGUCUCUGAAAGUUAAGUAUAACACAAAAUCUUGACUACAGCUUGAUGAGAGAGUAAGAUCUGCUUCGACCCACAAACUGAGUACAUAGCUUGCUGUCUAACUUGCUCUCUUCCUUCACUAGACUGUCUAUACAAAAGUCUGCACUUGUGCCUUCUUUUCUCCUGAGGUUAACUUGUAAAGUCGCAGUACCACACGACUGCCUUAAUAUGUCACCUUUUGUCAUUCGCUCGAUGGUUUGGGUUCCUUUGACUAUACUGUGAUAUUUUUUUCAAAAUCAUGUGUGAUGUGAAUUGUGAUAUUCUAUUGCUGUAGCACAGGUUUGCUGUUUCUGGAAAUGUAUAUUAUUGUUGUCUAAAUCAUUUCCCAUUUUAAUGUUUUUAGAAGAUUUUCUGAAUGUUUUUCAUGUUCAUAUGUGAAUAUGCAUUGUAGAGGUGUGCGUGUGCUGAAAUAAAAUGUUGUUGUG